AUGGCAGUGUUAAAGGUGUGGGGUUUCAUUCUGCUCUCUCUCAGCUCCUGGAGCUGCGCAGCUGGAUGCACCUGGAUGAAGACGCAGAACAGAGCAUCUCUGAGCAGCUUCCAGGUUUUAAGCAACAGCUCGAUUUCUCAUCUCGAGCAGGCGUGCACAAAUUCUGCUCCGACCACCGCUACCGCCACCGCCAAGCUCAGCGUGGAGUUUCCGCACAAACACUACAACCGCAUGUUUCAGCUCCAGGCACAGGAUCACAUACUGUUCAUUUUGCGGACUCUAAAGAGCAUCAUGAGGCUCUACAGUGGGAAAUAUGAGAAGCUGGACUGCAACCAGCAUCAGCUGCAGAUCUUCCUGCUUGAUGUGCAUCGCCAGAUUUUGGAGCUGGAGCAAUGUGCAAAAAAUAUCAUCGCCACUGAAGAACAGAAGAAAAUAUCGAAAAAGAUCGAAAUGCAUUUCAGAAGUCUGGUUUCUCACCUUAAAACCACGGAUUACAGUCCACAAGGCUGGGAUGAGAUCACAGAAGUGGUGCUGAAACACCUCAGAAGACUCGACCUUCUGGCCAGCAAAACUAAAAUAGACCUUCAGGAUUAA